AUGGACGCCAUAGAUUCAGUGUUUGACUUGAGAGAAUUCUCCAAGGACAGCGUUCGCUUGGUCAAACGCUGCCACAAACCCGACCGGAAAGAGUUCACAAAGGUGGCGAUCCGUACGGCCAUCGGGUUCGUGGUGAUGGGAUUCGUUGGCUUCUUUGUGAAGCUCAUCUUCAUCCCCAUCAAUAACAUCAUCGUCGGAGCUGCCUAG